AUUCUACCGAUUUUUAUUCUUUCUUUUUCUACUUAAAUAAAGAAAGACAUCUACACUUAUCUUUUACAGUAUACUUACAUAAUCAUAUAUAUAUAUAACAUAUCAUGUCAACACCAACCAGACGACGUCUUAUGAGAGACUUUAAACGACUUCAAAGUGAUCCUCCCGGAGGUGUAUCUGGUGCUCCUUGUUCUGAUAAUAUCAUGAUGUGGAAUGCAGUAAUCUUUGGACCAGCUGACACCCCUUUUGAAGAUGGAACAUUUAAGCUCGUUCUGCAGUUUGAUGAAACUUAUCCUAACAAACCUCCUUCUGUGAAAUUUGUAUCCAAGAUGUUCCAUCCAAAUGUUUAUGCCAAUGGAGAACUUUGUCUUGAUAUUUUACAAAAUCGAUGGAGUCCAACAUACGAUGUAGCAGCUAUUCUUACCAGUAUCCAAUCUUUAUUGCAUGAUCCCAAUCCAAAUUCUCCUGCCAACGCCGAAGCUGCCAACUUAUAUCGUGAAAACAGAAAGGAAUAUGUUAGACGUGUCCGUGAAAUUGUGGAAUGCUCAUGGGAAUGAUAUGAUAUAUAUAUAUAUACAUAACCUAUUCUUCCUUACCAUUUGAAUUAUUCAAUCAUAUCCUUUUUCCCUCUCCUUCAAUUAUUGAUACUUAUAUUCUACAUUUCAAUUUUUUUUUUUCCUUCUCAACCUCCUUUUUACCUUCAUGAAGUCCCCCCCCCCCUUCUUCACUCUUUGUAAACAAUAAAAAAAAUGAUCCAAUUGUAUUGAUUGAUAUCCCUCAAUAAUCAUUUCGUA